GGUGGCAGAGGCGACUCAUCAUGGCGCCCCAGGCCCGCGGGCUGGGCCUCUGCUCCCUUCUCGCGCUCCAAGCGUCUCUGGCUGCAGUCUUUAUAACCCAGGAGGAGGCGCACAGCGUCCUGCGCAGGCAAAGGCGGGCCAAUUCUUUCCUGGAGGAGCUGCGGCCGGGCUCGCUGGAGAGGGAGUGCAAGGAAGAGCUGUGCUCCUUCGAGGAGGCGCGGGAGGUCUUCCAGAGCACCGAGAGGACGAAGCAGUUCUGGAUCACUUACAAUGAUGGGGAUCAGUGUGCCUCCAACCCGUGCCAGAACGGAGGCUCCUGUGAGGACCAAAUCCAGUCCUACAUCUGCUUCUGCCUGGCUGACUUCGAGGGUCGCAACUGUGAGAAAAACAAGAACGACCAGCUGAUCUGCAUGUACGAGAAUGGGGGCUGUGAGCAGUACUGCAGCGACCACGUGGGGAGCCAGCGCUCCUGCCGCUGCCACGAGGGCUACACGCUGCUGCCCAAUGGGGUGUCCUGCACACCCACAGUUGAUUACCCAUGCGGCAAAGUACCUGCUCUGGAAAAGAGAGGCGCCAGCAACCCCCAGGGCCGGAUUGUGGGGGGCAAGGUGUGCCCCAAAGGGGAGUGCCCGUGGCAGGCCGCGCUGAUGAACGGCAGCACGCUACUGUGUGGGGGUUCCCUACUGGACACCCACUGGGUGGUCUCCGCUGCCCACUGCUUCGACAAACUCAGCAGCCUGAGGAACCUGACCAUAGUGCUGGGCGAGCAUGACCUCAGUGAGCACGAGGGGGACGAGCAGGUGCGGCACGUGGCACAGCUCAUCAUGCCCGACAAGUACGUUCCAGGCAAGACCGACCACGACAUCGCUCUGCUGCGCCUGCUGCAGCCCGCGGCCCUCACCAACAACGUGGUGCCCCUCUGUCUGCCCGAGAGGAACUUCUCCGAGAGCACGCUGGCCACCAUCCGCUUCUCCCGGGUGAGCGGCUGGGGCCAGCUCCUGUACCGCGGCGCCUUAGCCCGGGAGCUCAUGGCCAUCGACGUGCCGCGGCUGAUGACCCAGGACUGCGUGGAACAGUCUGAGCACAAGCCAGGCUCCCCGGAGGUCACGGGGAACAUGUUCUGUGCCGGCUACCUGGACGGCAGCAAGGACGCCUGCAAGGGGGACAGCGGGGGCCCACAUGCCACCUCCUACCACGGCACGUGGUACCUGACGGGUGUGGUGAGCUGGGGCGAGGGCUGCGCAGCCGUGGGCCACGUCGGCGUGUACACCAGGGUCUCGCGCUACACUGAGUGGCUGAGCAGGCUCAUGCGCUCCAAGCUACACCACGGCAUCCAGCGCCACCCGUUCCCCUAGCCCCAGGAGCCUACGUUCCUCUACAGUCUAGGGGUGAGGGGUCUGGCGGAGGGAGGCAGGGAAGGGGAGAGACACUUGCAGACUGAUGAAGAGACAGAUUUCGGAAGGGGGGGACAGGAAGUUGAGACAGGCCCCAGGGAGCAGGCCCCCAGCGUCCCCCACAGCCCCUCCCGUCUGCGUGGGCUCUGCCUCACUGCCGGAGGGGAAGCGGCCAGCACACGGACACACACAUCUUCUGCAGGAUGUCAUUUAACU